CUUGGAAUAGUAACCUUUAUCUCAGCAUCUUCUAUAUUAUUCUUCUUGGUUUCGAGGAAAGUUUUGAAUUGAUAAAGAAUUGUGAACUUGGAGCCCUAAAUUUAUUAAUAAGCACUGAACCGGGGAAAUCUGAUUCCUUUCUCAAGGAAAUCUGAUACGAUGAAUCAGUUCCGCGAGGAAGUAAAGUUAUAUGUAGAAAAUUGGCGCAUUUAUCUAUCUAUUUUUUAAACUUUUGUUAUAUCUUCAUAUUAUAAGGCUUAAACACUAGUGGUGGUGCAAGUCAUGCAAGGCAUUUGUUUGAAGACCAUGAAAGUCAGAGUCAGACAAGUGCUUUUGACUCGUCUCGCGGGUACAUGACCAAUUCUGACCUUGAGAUGGCAAUAAAGGAUUUGGGACGAAGGUGCAGCAACAUUACUAGAAUAUACAGGGAUUUUUUAUCAGUAUUGGGAAGAGUGUGAAUGGAGUCCCCCUGUGGGUGAUAGAGAUUUCUGACAACCCUGGCGAAGAAGAGGCUGAACCUGCAUUUAAGUAUAUUGGAAACGUACAUGGAGAUGAGCCUGUGGGUCGUGAGCUUCUUAUGUUUUUGGCAAAUUGGUUAUGUGAUAACUAUCCAAAAGAUCCGCUGGCAACAUUGAUUGUGGAGAACAUUCACCUUCAUAUGCUUCCAUCUUUGAAUCCUGAUGGCUUUAGUUUGAGAAGACGUAAUAAUGCAAAUGAUAUUGAUCUCAACAGAGAUUUUCCUGACCAGUUCUUUCCCAUCAAUGAAAAUGAAGAUGCACGCCAACCUGAAGCAAGAGCCAUUAUGAAUUGGUUGAGAGAAAUAAAAUUCACAGCAUCUGCCACUCUGCAUGGGGGUGCACUUGUUGCAAAUUACCCUUGGGAUGGCACCCAAGAUAAAAGGACAAAUUAUUAUGGAUGUCCAGAUGAUGAUACAUUUCGAUUCAUGGCAAGCAUAUAUAGUCAUUCUCACUACAACAUGUCUGCAAGCACAGAAUUUCCAGAGGGAAUCACAAAUGGGGCAGCUUGGUACCCCAUAUAUGGAGGCAUGCAAGACUGGAACUAUAUCCAUGCUGGCUGUUUUGAAUUGACCUUGGAAGUUAGCGACAACAAAUGGCCUAAGGCAGCUGAGCUUCCUGUUAUCUGGAAGUACAACAAAAUGAGCAUGCUUAAUCUUGUUGCAAGUCUUGUGAAGACAGGGGUGCAUGGAAGAAUUUUUUCUUCAGUUGAUGGAAGGCCAUUGCCCGGGUCUGUAACAAUCAAGGGAAUCAAUUACACAGUCAGAGCUGGAAAACGUUUUGGCAACUACCAUCGGUUACUUGUUCCUAGAGAAAGAUAUGAAGUUAUGGCCUCCAUGCCUGGCUACAAAUCAAAGAAUACAUCUAUUUGGUUAGAUGAAGGACCUGCGACAGUGGAUUUUAUUCUUGAUCCAGAAGUUGCAGUCAAAGGGGCUGUUUUACAAAACAUAUACGAUUGCAACUGCAGCAAUAAAUGCAAACUUGAUUUUGUUGAGUUCCUUUGGGGUGCUCACUUGGAAGUCUAUCUUGUGUUGAUCCUUAUUUUAGGAUUUCUUUGUUUUGUUCAAAGAAGAAUUAGAGGCAACUCAAUGGGAAGCAAACGAAUUGCUGUUUGAUUGGAGGCUAUAGAUGAUUCAUUUGUACCAAUUUCUCUGUAUA